AGGGAGCGCGGCGCCAUGCGGGGCCCGGGGCUGGGGUUGAGGCUGGGGCUGCUGCUGGGCGCGGCGUGGCUGGCGUGCGGGCAGAACGAGACGGAGCCCAUCGUGCUGGAGGGGAAGUGCCUCGUGGUGUGCGACUCCAACCCCACCUCCGACCCCACCGGCACCGCGCUCGGCAUCUCCGUGCGCUCCGGCAGCGCCAAGGUCGCCUUCUCCGCCAUCCGCAGCACCAACCACGAGCCCUCCGAGAUGAGCAACCGCACCAUGAUCAUCUACUUCGACCAGGUACUAGUGAAUAUCGGCAGCAACUUCGACUCGGAGCGGAGCACUUUUAUCUCGCCCAGAAAAGGGAUUUACAGUUUUAAUUUUCACGUGGUGAAAGUGUACAACAGGCAAACCAUCCAGGUGAGUUUGAUGCUAAAUGGGUGGCCAGUGAUUUCUGCCUUUGCAGGGGACCAAGAUGUGACCCGAGAAGCUGCUAGCAAUGGAGUCCUGAUUCAGAUGGAGAAAGGAGACAGAGCUUAUCUAAAACUGGAGAGAGGAAACUUGAUGGGAGGCUGGAAGUAUUCAACAUUCUCUGGAUUUCUAGUGUUCCCACUUUAAAUCACUUCUCAUCCAAGAAAAGGGAGAGACAAGUCAGAAUCUCAAAUGAAUUCCCAAGUCAUGGCUGGGUUUAAAGAGUGGCGGACAGCAGACUUUUUACAUUCAAAUAUUAAAGAAGCUAAAUCCUGCUUAGAUUUGUGUACAUCUGCUUUGAAGAAUUACUACUUAUUUUUGUUGUAUUGCAGCCAACAGGCGGGAGACACUAAAAUUGAUCAAACCCCCAUUUAUAUUCUUCUCUCUUCCCACAAAAUUAGUUCCCAUCUCCGUGUCACUGGUGUAAUCUGCCAUCGUUCCCCCAUGGUUUCUGCCUCACACAAGUAGACUUUAGGUAUUUUCAUUGUCCUUUCAGCAUAUUUUGUGGUUUUGUUUUUAAAACAUGUUAGUCUUGACUCUUUAUUUGAGUUUAACUUAAAAAAAAAAAAAAAGCAAAGUAUUUUUUAAUACAUGGAUGCCAUGAUGGAAGGGAAAAUGCAAUUCUUGCUGUGUACUCGCUGGCAAAAGGAAGAAUUUCUACCCGAAGAACUGUUCACAGCCAAGGCUGACUAGAGUAUUUAAAUAUUUCUAUGUAACACUGAGUGAUUGUGAAAUUUAAGGCUGCUAAAUGUUUUGAUGCUUGUUUUGCUCUUGUACAAUGUGGCCCAACUAAACGCCAGGAAGUAUAUUGAACUUUUACUCUGUAAUAUAUGUGUGAAUAUCGAAAAUUAAUUUUUGCUUUAAUUCAAUAAAGUUUAAAUGGGACUUUUA